GCUAAAACACAGCCUCUCUGAGCUUGCCAGAUAAGACAGGCACUUUUCUGUAAAUGUCCUUGCGUGAACUGAGCCUACAGAACUGAUGUGAGAUAAUGGCCAUUGACAAGAUUGAACAGAAUCCACCAAGACAGGUUGGAAGGGCUCCCUCUCCACCACUGGGUUGCUUCUACAACAUAAAGUUGUUUGUACUUUGUCACGGAAUACUACAACUAUCUCAGCUUCUGGUCUCUGGAUAUCUAAAAGCCUCAAUAUCAACAAUUGAAAGAAGAUAUGGUUUUACUAGUCAGAAAUCAGGACUUUUUGCCGCUUUUAAUGAGGUGGGGAACACAGUUCUCAUUGUGUUUGUGAGUUUCUUCGGCAGCCGUGUGCACAGACCUCGUUUCAUUGGUAUUGGGGCAAUGGUAGCAAGUGCAGGUGUUUUUGUCAUUGCACUACCUCACUUUCUUAGUGGUCCAUACAAAUACUCUGGAUUCAUGAACAGCACAAAAAACAACAGCUCUGAAAUGUGCCAAACGAAGGACCUUUUCAAUUCUGACUGGCAAGGUCAGAACUGCAGCCAACAAGACACAAUUGUCUAUGAAGAAGUUUUUCCCAUACUACUUCUGGGCCAGUUACUCUUGGGAAUUGGUGGUGUUCCAAUUCAACCCUUUGGGAUUUCAUAUAUAGAUGAUUUUGCCAGUAAGAGAAACUCACCUUUUUACCUUGGCAUCCUUUUCGCUGUGACUGUGAUUGGCCCCGCUUUCGGGUACAUUUUGAGUGCAUUCUUGCUACGUUUCAAUGUGGAUAUUGACAAGCUUUCUCAAGAUGAAAUCAGAAUAGAUAGAGGUGACCCAAGAUGGAUCGGCGCCUGGUGGUUGGGAUUCCUAGUGGCUGCUUCAUUCCUCUUUCUCAGCUCCAUGCCUUACCUUUUCUUCCCAAGGACAAUGCCAAAACAGGAAACCACAACGACUAAACACAACCCCAAACUGGAGAAACCAAUCAACGUUGAAAAACCAAAACCUGACCAGAUGCAGGAACUCACCCUCAUGCAGUUCAUUAAAAGUUUCCCCUAUACUAUGAUGAGAACACUGAGAAACCCCACCUACUUUCUUGUGGUUUUCGGUCAAAUCAACCUUGCUGCUAUGUUGGCUGGCCUGGCUACUUUUAUGCCUAAGUUCAUUGAAAAGCAGUUCACUUUAACAGCCUCCUUCUCCAACAUAAUGAUUGGAGGUGUGAUUAUUCCCUCAGCUACUCUGGGCAUAAUGACUGGAGGGAUAAUUAUGCGCAGACUUGGUCUUUCUGUAAGAGGAUCGGCCUUGAUGUGCACAGUUGCUAUCCUUGUUUGCAUAUUUUUUGCUGUGCCCCUACUUUUCCUUGGCUGUUCCACCCAAUCAGUUGCUGGACUAAAUAUAUCCAAAGAAAAUAACUUCAGUGACUGCAGUGGACCCUGCUCUUGCUCAGACGACGCCUUUAAUCCAGUCUGUGGAUCGGAUGGUGUGGAAUUUAGGUCUCCAUGCCAUGCAGGCUGCAAAACAGCAGUAUUUAAUGGCACAACCAAUAAUGUGAUAAACUACACAGACUGUGGAUGUAUUGGCCAGCAAAGCAUUCCAAGCUAUGCAGUUCCAGGUGACUGUGGCAGCAACUGUACCCAUCUCCUCCUGCCCUUUAUGGUGAUGGCCUCUCUCACAUGCUGCAUUGCCUCCCUCUCUCAAACGCCAUCCUUCAUGAUGAUAUUGAGGACUGUCACCCCUGAGGACAAAUCGUUUGCCCUAGGAAUCCAGUUCAUGCUCUUCCGUGUUCUGGCAUUUUUACCAUCACCUGUCCUGUAUGGAAAGGCCAUAGACACAACUUGUAUUCGGUGGGGGGGAAAGUGUGGGAAACGCAUGGCAUGCCAGUACUACGAUCUGGAUAAGUUCAGACUGAGAUUCUUAGGGCUCCAAACGAUCUUUGUAAUUGGGGGUUUGGUCUGCUUCUUCCUCUCUUUUGUUUUCCAAAACAAAACUGCACCAAAGCAGCAACACAUUGAUCAACAAAAAAGUCUAAUGGAGAAGGAAGAUCCACGUAUCUAAGCUAUCAGCUAUUAUGUGAAGUUCAACAUUCUUCAUAACUUCCCAGAUUAAAGAGUGAACAUAGCCUGGCUAGCGCCUACCAAUUCUCAAAUGAGACGGGGUCUGGCAACCAAACGCUCAUUUUCUCGUAUUUGAAAAAAUGCCCAGAUCCGUUCAUUGGGCGCCACGGAUGUCUAUCAAAUGUGUCUGUGAUAGCUCAUCAAAUGUGUCUGUCAUAGCUCAUCAUCGUCUUGCUUCCCCGCCUGUUCUGUGAUUGGUCCCCUAUCUCAAGCAAAAAUUAGGGCGGUAGUUUCCAGACUGCCUUAGCAGCAUGGUUGAAAUCGUGUGCAAGGCAGCAUGGGAACACCCAGGCUAGAGUGAACAUUGAUUUGCUUUUAAAAUAGUCUGAGUAGACACUGAUUCUCAGUAGUUUAUGGGCCUUUUACCCAAGCUAAACUCACGGUCUGAAGAGUGAGGUACAAUUGUUUUUGUCCUGGGACCAAAGUAUCAGGUAGUAUCAGCCAACAUGGUCAGCAUGUCUACAGAAAUUACCGCCUAAUUACCCAGGGAAUGUAAAAAAAUAUAUAUAACACAGUAUCCCUAACGUAGGUGAGUUACCUUUGACAUAGUUCAUGCCCUGGUUGAAAAUGUGAGAUUUGGCCUUUGACCUAAAAUAUUUAAUUAAGCAUGUAUGUGUUACUACAGCUACUGUAAAUUGAAGUCCCAGCUGAAACACUAUUGUUUCCACAUCACAGAGCUCUCAAUUUCUCUCAAUCCCCUACUGCUGCAACUCCUUGUAAACCACAAGUCUUGCAUGCUCUCCUCUUGGCUGUUCAAUGAUUGUUGUAACUAAAAUUCUUGUUUAUGUACAUAUACAUUUCACAAACUGUGAACGUAAAGCCACAUUCAUCCUCAUAUUUUCUACAAGGACGCAAACUUGUGUGCAAUAUUUCACAGACAACUAUGCACCAACAGACAACAGACAGUAUUCCUUGCACGGCAAAAAAAAAUGAAAUCUAACCAAGUGGUAUUAAUCUUAUAUUCAAAUCUAUUUGCUAUUCCUUUUAGUAUGACAAGACUUAUAGCGCUCUCUCAAAAGAUCAAUUGACUUAAUCGAAGUCUUUAGCUUAUUUUAAGGAGUCUUAUCAAGACACAUUUGCUUAAAGGUAGGGUAUGGAAUUAGCUUUGUUGGCCAUUUUUGCAAAAUCACUUGAAAUCCUAUUCCUAACCCACUUAUAGCCACUAAGUUGGAAGCACUGAAAUGGAAAUUAAACACGUCAAUCAUCUGCGGAACAGGCAGGGCUCGAAAAACUCCAGCCAAUAGUAUUCCUCACCCCAUACCAUCAUUUCACAGCUCGUUCGUCAAUCUAACGUCUUACUCCUCUUCCUCCUCCCCACCGCGCGCGACCCUUUCGAAAGCUGGUGACCGCGAGUCAGUGCUGAAACGAAACCAACUGCCUGCUGCUGCACGUCCAUGUUCCCCUCUUGUUGUAUGUGUCACUUCAUUUCUAUACAAACUAAGGCAGCGGAUACCCACGGAAACUCAAUCACCCACGCAAUAAAUAAGCUAUGUAGCAAAAAUUACAUUUUACCGUGACACGAAGAGUGUUGUAAACAUGAAAUCGAAACUUAACAGCUUGGAGCUACAGUGGAAUAGGCGAACCAACGGGCCAGCACUAAACUCGGAUAUUUCAGGAGAUAAUCGCCCUCGUAAGAACAAACCAGAUUCUGUUCAAAUAUACACACCUAUGGCUACUGAACCAUAUGUACUACAACCCUUUGGAGGUGAAUAAAGAAUGUAAUUGGGGAAGUUGAUAUGAGUGAUUGUAUGGAGACUAGAGCUCAUAGUGCUGUAGACGCCAGGCUGGCAUUUCAUUAAGCCUGGCUCGCUCUCGCGCUGCGCAUUUGAAUUGUCGCUCGUGCAUGGAGGGCGGGACUUGAGGUUGUAUAUGUUCAAACUCUGCCGUCCGUUUUGCGAAUUCCGUACCCAACCUUUAAGUCAAACUUUUCUUAAAUGAUUUCUUUUUACAUUUUAUUUCGUCAAAUGAUUUCACAAGAAAACACUCAGUAAUUCUCUUUAUACUGAAAACAAUACCAACUCGUUUUUUAUAUCUUGAUAUAAUAGCACUUGGUUAGAUUGUAUUCGUUUUUUCAGUGUGGUGACACCAGAAUGCACGUCUGUAUUGCUUAUAACCGUAAGUGUACUUCUGCAUUUAUAGUAUAAGACGGUCAUGUUGCACACUGCUAUGUGAUGGGCCUAAAUUUUUAUAAAGUGUGCCAGCAUGUGUGCCAGCACUUGGUAUCGUCUUUAGUGUAGCGACUCAACUCACACAGGCAGACAAAUUUGCUUAUUUUUAGGACAAAUUUACUUAACGCAAGGACAGACAAAUUUGCUCGUUUUCAGGAGGAGACGUCUUAAAACAAGUCAAACUCUUCUUAUAUAAAGUCAAAUGAUUUUAAGAGAAAGCACUACAUGUAGGUGAGUCUCUUUAUACUGAAAACAAUGCAGAUUUUUUUAUCUAUAUGGUACAGUAUAAGUAUAUAUACUUUGUCCAACAGCAGCGCUCGUGCCUUGCUCAAGGGCACUUCAGCUGUGGACUGGUCAGGGAUCAAACCGGCAACCCUCCGGUUACAAGCUCGAAGCCCUAACCAGUAGGCCACGGCUGCCCCCACCCUUGCCUCGAUCUUGAUUAAUAGCACUUGGUUAGAUUUUAUUAGAUAAGCAGCUUUUGCAGUGCUGUAUGUAUGUCUGUGAGUAUACCUGUGCAUGUAUGAGUAUAUGUAUUUGCAUCUGAAUUCAUGUUUGUGACGCUCUGUGUGUUUGUAUGUAUGCAUGUGUUUGUGCGUAUACCUGUGAAAAUGUGUGUCAGAGUGAUACCAAAACAGCACAUAAUCAUAUAGGCAGCUGUAACCACUUUGUGCCUUACUGUUUGGUGCUUGAAAGAGCACACUAUUGUUUUUUUAUGUUGUCCAAUGUCCACAUCACUAAUUCUAUGAGCCAAGACCAAAAGAGCCAAAAUACCUGUAAUAGUAUCAAACACGUUUGAUAUUGUCAUAAAAGUACGGCUAGAAAAAGACUGACUCUUCCGAGAUUAAGGAGUGAACAUUGAUUUGCUUUUAAAAUGGUCUGAGGAGACCUUUUAGAAAACCUUUUUCACUAUGCUGCACUAGUGUUUGCAGCUCAUAAGAUAUGUUAAUGUCUUAUGUUGAAUCGACAAAACAGCCCAGCAUAAUCCAAACUGUUACAACAGCAACACUCAAGGUCCAGGAAUGUUGAAGUGGCAGCUUAAAAAAACACCUUGUAUCUGUUGAAUUUAUGUAUUUGUAUUUUAGAAAGCAAUAUCAUAGUGUAUCAAGCUAACAUUUGGACAUGUUUCACAGCCUUUGAGACCUUUAAAAAACCUUUGCAAUAAUUAUACUCUCCUGAAAUUGAAAGUUUUAUAAACCCGGAGUUUCUUAAACUUUCAGUCUCAAGGCUAAUCUAAAAUGCAGUUAGGGUGUAUAUUAGAGGGUUCACAAAGCAAGUUGAGAUGAAAUGCUUUAUUAAGAUGUCAUACUAUACUGUCAUUUACUGUCAUAAUAUACCACCUUUACUCUUCUGUAUUCAACCUACUGUACAUCAAGUUUAAAUGUAACCCUGUUAAUAGGUUUGCAAAAUAUGUGUGUUGAUGUGAAAAUUACAAAGGUAUAGUUCAUAGUAGUCAUGUCUUAACAUUCAAACAAAGUACUCACGAGUCAUGAAAUGUCUGGAAAAUUGUAGAAAGGAGUACCAAGUCAUGGAAUAUUGCUAAAUAUAUUGUAGACAUUUUUAUUAGGUCAUUUUAUGUAUUACAUGAUGAAUGUUUUGGUACUUGAUUUACAAGGAAUUAAAAUUCUUGGAUUCA